CAUCAUGACAAUGUACCAUCGAAUCACUCUUUUCGACGAAAGCAGCAGCCAUAUCAUCCUAUAGAGCUCCGACUUGCAUUUCCUUUCCCUCACUUUAUCUCUCUUUUCCCUCCACCCGCCCACGAGCUAUCCGCAUACUCGUACUGUCAUGACUGAAGCCCUUCCCGAUCCUCAUCAACUUCAGCACGUUGACGACCAUGUCGCCUCGGAUGGACUUUCCCCAGACCAACCAUCCCAACAUGACCAGCCCUACUUGGUGAUCGUUCGACUCCCUGCCCCCAAUCAUCCCAGAACCCUACCGAAAGCGGCAAGUGUGGAUCAGUUCAGCGAACUCCGCUGCGAGGUUCAGCCGUACGAGUCCAUCCAGGAUGUCAAGCAGACUAUCAACGACUGGGUAGGAGGGUACUGGCUGGGUCCUUACUCUCUCCGUCUACGGAAGCAGCAGCACACCGGUCAGGAUGGUCACCUCGGCAGCGAGUCCACCGACCCUGAGGUGAACGAAAGGUUGUCGGAUUGGACGGAAGUGGGAAACAUAUUCGGACCAAAUGAUGGAUCCGAGGGCUACAUUUUGGACGUUCUGCGGGAGCCUUGGACGAAUCUCGCUGCCCGUCAGGCAGUCCUUCGACUGGUGGAUAUCAUCGCUCCUCCCGGCUCCUCGACGCAUACAUUAUCGUGCCACAUCGCCCUAGAGCCGGGUGCAACCAUCUUCGAAGCUGUGGAGAAUGGGACCGCCUACUUGUCCAUCACCGAUCCAGUCUUUCGGGACGUUUCCGUACCUGUUUCAUCGAACAGAAAGAACAGAGGAAGUAGGAAGGAGACUGUCAAGAUCCGACGAGAGAUAACGGCAGACGAUCAUGCCUUUGCCGACUGGACGGCCGAAUGGCGACCUCCCAAGCUGUCCAAGCUGCCCUCGUCAACACCGCCCAUCCCCGCCCAACCUUGCCUCAAAUCCAUUCAAUUAUCAUCUUUCAACCCGCCGACCCCAAACCUACGCCAUGUUGGACACCAUCUUUAUCUACAAGUGACGAUAUUGGAAGGAGAAACGAUGAUACUCGUUUGUACCACCCGGGGUUGGUAUGCUUCAAAAUCAAGCCUCACCCAUUUUGACCCUGCUCCUCGUCCUCGUCCAAAUGGCUCAGCCUCAGCUUGUCAACACUCUCUAUUCGAUCUCCUACAUGACUUAUCGCCCAUCUUCACGGCUCGACUUUUCUUACUACCGCCAUUCUCCUCUCACCCAGCGCACAGUCAGUCACUAGCGACUAUCCCGAUACCCCAGGCGGAACCCGCAUACCCUUGGCUGGUUGCUCCGCCCAAAAUUGAAGUGAUGCCGGACUUGCUCCGAACGCAACUCGCCUUUCUGCAUACAGGAUCAACCGCUGUUGAUACGAUGGACACUUCCAGGGACUGGAAUGAGGAGUUUCAGAAUAUCAAAGAGCUUCCACAGGACAGCGUACAGGAGCGAGCUUUCCGUGAACGAUUGGGGCAGAAGACUUGGGGGGAAUUUACAGCAGCAGCAGCUCGCUCAGUGCUCAAUAUAGCGUGUGGCAACGUCCCUCCGCUCAAUCCCGAGGAAAGACCGCGAGCGCACAUGUGGCUGGUGAACAACAUCUUCAUCACCAAGGCACUCGACUCUUUGAACGCGUAUGAGCAUCUGGGUGGUGAUGCAGCAACUUGGGUCUCACACAACAAGGAUUGUUCCGGCGUCAAAAUUCUCAACAAGCUUGACAUCAGCGGAGUUCACGUGUUGGGACAGGCGCUUGUCGACUGUUUGGGAGAGCGUUGGGUCUGUCAGAGUGUUUUGCCAGGUAUCUUCAUCCGAAAUCAUGAAGAAGAAGACGAAGAAAAGCAACAGUCCCUUCCCCGUGACUCACAGCCUAGCCCAAGUAAAGACGAAUGGAUUGCGAUUCAGUCGCCACCGAAAAGCUCGUCCCACUCUCAGGAAAACGAUGCCACAAGACAAGAAUUGCUCGAAAACGACUUGAUCAUCUACGGCGUCGACACGGAACAACCAGGAUCAUUACACUGGGAUGCGUCGUCCCAUCGCGUCCUUGAAAGGGUGGCAAUGGCUUGUCACCUCGCUAAGCAUCCGGUAAAGGAUGGCCGAGGCGUCGAGCACGAAUUCUGGUCGAGCAUCGAAGUCAAGGCUUUGCGCGGUACAGACGGUCGACGAUACUUGCUUGAUCUGUUCCGCCUUUCUCCUGUUGAUGUCGAAUGGCUGGAGCGCGACCUGAAUGGACCUACUCUCGGCCCCUCCACAUCAUCCGACACCCCGGAAUAUCCACAUCGGAUCACCCUACUACGAGCUGAGCUCUUACAAGCUUUCCGAGGGCACGAACUCAAGCGCUGGCUUCAAAGUAAGUCGAACCAAAGACGAGUCUCGGAUCUAUCAACACCGUUGACUGGAACCGGAAAGGAUGAUGGUCACCUGUCAGAUGAUCACGAGUCACCGACCAGGGUUGUUGACGGACCUCAGGACCAUUUCGACAUGCGUUUCAAUCCCGACGCUUUUGUCGACCCCCCUUCGGUCAAGUCAUCACUGACAGAAACAAGCCGACCUGCGGCAAGUGCAGUGGUGGACGAAGACGAACCUUCGGUGAAAGCUGUCCGUGACGCUUCUCGAUACCUACGGGGCACAGCCAUUCGUGCGAUGGUACUUGAUGUGUUGUCAGGAAGUACUUCGGGCAUCAUGGACGGGUCGUCAUUGACCGAACAUCUUCAUCAACGAGGUAUCAACAUGCGCUACUUGGGCUAUCUCAUGCACGAACUUUGGACAUCGUCAACUCUAGAGGGUUCCAAGGAUUCGGAGCAAGGCUUGUCCCUGACUCCAUUGAAGGAGAUAGUAGUCCAAGAAAUGCUUUUCCGCUCCGCAAAGCAUAUUCUUCGCUGUCUCGUCCGCACCCUUCGUCUUGAAGAGGCUCCGAAGGCCAUCUCGCAUUUCCUGAACUGCCUUCUGGGAGCCGCAUACAACGACUCACCCAAGCCCGAAUACGAGCCCUGCGAACUGUUCGAAGAAUCCGCUCCACAUUAUCUCACCCUCACACCCGCAAGUCUCAAGGCUGAGAUUGUCUCUGACGUUGCCAAAUGCUAUCGAUGGAGCUUAGCCGAGGAGGACUUCCAGAAUAUGAAAAGACCACAAUUGUUGAAAGAGCUUGCGUCGCGAUUCGCGUUUCAGCUUGGCCAGCGAGAUUACGAAUUUGAAAUGGAGAAGGAUGGUCAGAAAAUCUCAAGCAAGCCAAAAGACUCUGCCCCGACGACUCGACAAACAACAUUUGAACCAUCUGACAUCCUGUGUCUAAUUCCCAGAGUCAAGUCGACGGCGCCUUCGGUCACAGUGGCGGAAGAACUUCUCAAUAUAGGUCGUUCAAUGAUGUCUCGUCCUGAUCUUGGCCCGGGGCUAGAGGUGAUCGCCGAAGCCGUGCAGCUAUAUCAGUCGAUACAUUGUGUGUUCCAUCCUGAAGUCGCGUCGGCAUACAACACGUACGCGUCCAUGAUCUACCGCACCGUUUUACGAGCAAAAACUGAGGGGUCUUCGGAAACAUCUGCCGACGAGUCCAACGCCCUCAAGGAUCUAGGUGUGGAUCUCACGACUGGCAUACGACUGCAGGGUCAGGCGUGCCUCAUCGCUGAAAGGACUGUGGGUAUCUGGCACAGCGACACGGCGGCGUACUAUCACAACCUUGCUAUGCUUGAAAGCCUUGGGGGGAAUGCCCACGCCUCGCUGAGAUUUUUCCGGCAUGCUUUGAACAUUUGGAGUGUGGUGUAUGGCGAAGGGCAUCCGGAAACUAUCACGAUCCUGAAUAACGCGGGUGUUGCGCUGGAAACGCUCAAGCAGUAUCCCACGUCGCUAUCCCUCUUCCUACGAGCUCAUCAAGUCACAGUCACUUCAUUCGGACCACGACACCUCACCACUGCUCAAAGUCUCCAUCAGUUGACCCAGAGUUAUUUUGUGACUCGUGAUUUCAUCAAAGCAUUGGAGUCUGCGACACACGCCCAUUCCAUUUACGAGGAGAAGUUAGGCAGCGAUCAUGCUCAGACCUUAGAGCUUGCCAAGAGUGUGGACUGGAUCAAGCAUGUGGUUGCAAGCUUGGACAAGUCACAGGCUGGUGCUGGCAACGAGCUGCGGGCCUCUGCCAGCCUGGAUCGCACUACUUUGGCGACGGCGGGACUAUCUGCAUCUGACAGACUGAGAGCGAUACGAUUGCGAAGACUGGCUCGCGACCUACCCAUUCAACACGGGAGGAAUGAGACAAGACCAGAGCAUGAAAACCAAACAAACGUACAACUAGAUGGACAGCCAGCGGAACCAAGAGGGCCAGAGGUGACAGAAUCGACGUCACUUGGAAGUAAAGACUUGGACGAGCUUGUACGUUAUAUUCACGGUGCUAACGAGCCGAAAAGAGGCAAGCACGCGCUCCGAGGCAAGAGACGCACUGGAGGAAAGCGGUGAGACCAAGGGGGGGGCGCAGGGAGAUAGAGGAGGCGAUGGUGAUUGGGCGAGAUAGAUCUUGAAAUCGUUGAAAACAUUAAACACAUACGAACAGUCAUCACGACAACACAUCUCCUCAAUAUUCACUGCUCAUGCAUCUGCAUUCCAUACCAU